UGUUGUUUUUCCUCUUUCAGUUGCAGACAUUCAAUACUGCUGCACCUUGCAGAGAUGUUCAGGAUUUGACUAAUGGUGUUGCCAUGGCACAGGUGCUUCAUCAAAUAGAUGUUGCCUGGUUUGAUGCGUCAUGGCUUAGUCGCAUUAAAGAAGAUGUUGGUGACAACUGGAGAAUAAAGUCCAGUAAUCUGAAGAAGAUACUGCAAGGAAUUAUGGACUACUAUCAUGAGUUUUUGGGUCAGCAGAUAUCAGAAGAACUUAUUCCUGACUUAAACCAGAUAUCUGAGAAUUCAGAUCCAGCUGAACUGGGCAGGCUUCUGCAGCUUAUUUUGGGUUGUGCGGUCAACUGUGAAAGGAAGCAAGAACACAUACAGAAUAUCAUGACCCUCGAAGAGUCUGUUCAACAUGUUGUCAUGACUGCCAUUCAAGAGCUCAUGAGCAAGGAAAUAAUGGGUCCUUCCACAAGUGAUGCAUCAAGUGAAAUGGAACAGCAGCUUAAAAGAGCUUUGGAAGACCUUCAGGAAGCACUAGCAGAAAAAGAAGAGUUAGCACAAAGAUGUCAAGAGCUGGAUUUACAGGUGGCUGCCCUUCAGGAUGAAAAAAACAGCUUGAUGUCAGAAAAUGAGGUUAUGAAUGACAGGUUAGAGCAAUUAGAUGACUCUCUUGAUGAUCCAAAUACUAUGGUAGCAAAAAAGUAUUUUCAUGCACAGUUGCAGCUGGAACAACUGCAAGAAGAAAACUUCAGGCUUGAAGCUGCAAAAGACGAUUAUCGAGUCCAUUGUGAAGAUCUAGAAAAACAAUUGAUUGAACUGCAGCAUAGAAACGAUGAACUAACUUCUUUGGCAGAAGAAUCUAGAGCCCUGAAGGAUGAAAUCGAUGUUCUUAGGACUACUGCAGAUAAGGCAAGUAAGCUGGAAUCAACUGUUGAAGUGUACCGUAAAAAGCUACAAGAUCUGAAUGACUUUCGCAGACAAGUGAAGUCUCUGCAGGAAACCAACAUGAUGUAUAUGCACAAUACAGUCAGCUUAGAGGAAGAACUAAAGAAAGCCAAUGCAGCACGUGCCCAAUUAGAAACCUACAAAAGACAGGUCCAGGAGCUUCACAACAAGCUAUCGGAAGAAUCAAAAAGAGCAGAUAAGCUAGCAUUUGAAAUGAAGCGACUUGAGGAAAAACACGAAGCUUUAAUCAAAGAAAAAGAGAGACUGAUUGUACAGUGUGAUGCUUUAAAAGAGACUAAUGAAGAGCUCCGGUGUUCACAGAUGCAACAGGAUCACUUGAGCCAAACAGAUGCCUCUCAUAAUAAAACUCAUGAUAAUCUUGCUGCUGAAAUCCUGCCAGUGGAAUAUAGAGAAAUGUUUAUUCGACUGCAGCAUGAAAACAAAAUGCUCCUCUUGCAACAGGAAGGCUCAGAAAAUGAACGUAUUACAGAGCUUCAGGAACAGCUAGAACAAAAACGCCGGACAGUGAAUGAACUAGAAACCGAAAAAAGGCUAAAUGAAGAGCGUAUUGGAGAGUUACAACAGCAGAUUGAGGAUCUGCAAAAGACUUUACAGGAGCAGGGAUCCAAGACUGAAGGAUCUAGCAACCUGAAGCAGAAAUUGGCAGCACAUUGUGUGGAAUUGAAUGAAGUUCAUGAUGAGUUACAGAAGAAGGAGGCCCUUCUUGCAGAACUCCAGCCUGAUGUUAAUCAGAACUCCCAAAAGAUUGGAGAGCUGGAAGCCGCUUUGCGUAAAAAAGAUGAAGAUAUGAAAGCAAUGGAAGAAAGAUAUAAAAUGUACCUUGAGAAAGCAAGAAAUGUGAUAAAAACAUUAGACCCCAAGCUAAAUCCAGCAUCAGCAGAAAUUAUGUUGCUCAGAAAACAGCUAACAGAGAAAGACAAAAAAGUUGAAGCAUUGGAGGCUGAAUGCAAGCUUGCUAAGUUACGUGAUUAUGAGGAGAAGCUAAUUGUAACUGCAUGGUAUAACAAGAGCCUAGCCCUCCAGAAGCUGGGUAUGGAAGCUAGACUGAUUGGCGGUAGUGGUGCCUGCAGAGAUGGUCCUGGACGCUCCUUCCUAGCACAGCAACGUCAUGUCACCAAUACCAGAAGGAAUCUCACUGUUAAAGUUCCUGGUGCAACAUCUGAUUAAAUCAUGAGGAAAACUUGUAUGCUAAAGUGUCCUUAAAUAUUUUGUAGCUUUCACUUUAACUACUUGAUGUAAGAGGAGGUUAGAAUGGUGGGCGACUGCAAAUUCAACACCAGAGCCUAUGGAGAUGUGAUUAAUCUGAUCAGUGGUAUCUAAAAAGUAGCAUAUAGUUUUCCAAGUAGAAAUAGAUUUCUUAACUGCAGUAUGUAUUUACGAGCACAACUUAAAGAUUUAUAUUUACCUUCAGAAUAUAUUGUAAAUACAAAAAUUGGCACUAUAUAUUUAAAAUUUUAUUUAAUGUAUUUGGGCUGAAAAGUUGACUUUUGUAAUGGGGAAAUGUUAUGCAAAAAAGUACUUCAGGAAACUGGCAAUAUUGGGCAUUUUUGCUGGGCUCUUUUAAAAUAAUUUUAAAAGAUUGGCACCAUGUUUCAAAAAUGCUGUUCUUCAGAAUACAGGAGUACAAUUUCAGAAGCAAGAAAAUGUUUAUUAAAAAAAAAAAAUUGUAAUAAUUUCAGGACUAAUUGUAUAAUGGAAGACAGGCCAUGUCAUCUCAAGUUAGAGGCAAAAUUAGAGGUUUAUUUUAAAAAGUUUUGUGCAUAUAUAUACACUAAGGAAAAACUCUCUCUUAAGAUGUUGAAUUCACUAAAACCAAAUAAGUUCUCUUUUUUUUUCCUGUUUGAGGGGAAAAAGCUAUUAUGUUAAUUCAAAAAUCUGGGCUAUGUUUUAAAAGUCUGGAGUUUCAUACACUGCUUUUCCUUGUGGAGAAGGGGUAGGUGGGAAGGAACCCCAUUUAUUUCCAGUUUAUUUAUACAAUCUUAUGUGUAGAAAUCAAAUGUUCUUUUUUUUAAAUAUAGUUAUUCUGAGCUAAUUGUGCUAGGCAGAUUAAGGAAAGAUAACUUUGCUAAUCCUUGGCAGCAAAGAUUGUUUGCUGGCAGGGAGAAAAGUGCGUAAGCUAUAGUAAAUCCAGUGUCUGUAUCUCGGAAAAUGAAAUCGGGAUUGGUAGCUGAAAUUAGGUUGGGGGGGAAGUUUCACCACUUCUUGUAAAAACUUGUGUCACUUUAUUUACAAACUCUCCUAUUUUUGUUGUUAACCAUAUUUUUAAAAAAGUUGUUAGCAUCCACUAUUCUUUACAUAUUAUCUAGACAAAUUUGUAACUUCAUUAGUCACCUAAAGGAAAAUUGCAGCAGCCCUUAAAUACUCAGUGUAAGCGUAUUCAUUUUACUUUAAGGGUGCUGUACUAGUCUGUAAUCCAACAUAAAAGUCAUCUGCAUGAAUUAAAGCAUGUGUCUGUCUUCACAAUUAAAGCCAUCUUUGAUUUGAGAGCUGGAUUCAGCUUUGCUUUGCAGAAUUGGAGUCGCUAUUUUCAGUAUGCUUUGAAUUGUGAAUUUUGAGUAGUCUGGAAUUUUGCAUGCCUAUUCUGAGGCCUAUUAUUUGAUUUCUGCCUUCCCCAGCAUCUUAAUGUUUUUUUUUUUUUGUUGGGCAUUGUAUACGGUGCAAGUGGAAAAGGGGAAUAUUCAUGUUUAAUGUUUAAUAGGUGUUGCUGCUUAAUUGUGGUGGUGGUUUACAGUAUUAGGUGUUCAACUAAGAUUUCCUCUCACAAAAUCUGUAUCUGUACAAAGUAUUACUUAUAAACUAGGCACAUGCUAGGUAUAAUAUGAGCAGUAACUAUUCCGAACAAACUGCUGUUGGACAAUUUUGUCUGUCAGGUUGUGUUUCUUCAGGACUCUAUGCUUCUUUUGACUACCUCUUGGGUUUUGAAGUCUUCUAUUGCUGCAGUGAUAUUACUGUUUUUGUAUUUUAAGAUAUGAUUGCUGGUUUAAUCUGUUCGUGGUGUGGGAGAUGCUGGUGGCACUGGAAUAUGAGUAGGUCUCAGCCUGGUAAUUCUAAAGCCUGGUAAUUCAGUGUGUUCUAGUGAAAUGUGGAACAGAACUGUUGCUGACUGUGUUGAAUGGGUCUUUUCACCCUUGUUCUUCACAGCACAAAAACUUUCAUGGACAUCCUUCAAAUACUCAUCUAGCUAAUAGACUUGAUGUAUUUGUUGUACCUUUUACAAUAGUAGAGUUGUGUUAGUAGGUGCUGAGUAGUAGAAACCUUGGAGCAAAUGUCUUUCAUGUACGCUUCUCAAAACUGCAGACCCUCGGGCCACAAAUGACCAAGAAGCUCCCUAUCCUUUAACUGGAGCCUUGUCUCUUGAGUAGUGAUGAAAUUAAACUAUAGAAACUAUAGUGAUGAAACUAGCUAUAGACGAGGGCCAGCCUUUUUCAGGGCAGUGCCGUCUCCAAUAGCCUUAUUGGGGAUGUCAAAAGUAAUUCAGGUAUUUGGGUGUGAGAUGAAAUUUUAUUUAUUUGGGUGUUUUUUUUUUUUGGAACUGAUAAAAUUUAAGCCUGUGAAUAUAAUUUUAUUUAGCAUCUUUGGGUUUCUGAGAACCUGUGAAGGAGCUAUUACGUAACUUGUUAAACCUGGGUUAACCAAUGAAUGUGGCACUGAUCGGUAGAAAUAAAUAACUGAUUAUAAGCCAUGGAGUUGUGUUCACUUCAGCUCAUUUGGGGCAUGCAGAAAGGAUGAUGAAAAUAAGUAUCAUUUUGAUGUUAAUUUUAUUAAUGUCAAACAAAACCUACUAAUAGCUUAACUCUGUAUAUGUAAGAUGUCAUGACAGAACAAUGUAAAUAGUGUUUUGGGGCUUUUUGAUUUUUAAAGGCACCAUUGUUGAGCUAUGGCUAUUAUUGAGGCAGUACAGAGAAAGAGGCUGCUUGUCUCUGCUGCAAGACUAAUUUGUGUCAUGCUCAGAUACCACAGUUAUGAACAGAAUCCAAUUACGAGAUGAAAUCAUUGAACGUUGCUGAAUUUAGUCAGCAUUAUGAAAAAUUUUGGUCAAUUUCCAGUAAAGCGGGUAAUAUAGAUCCAAAGAAGCAAAAAGAGUUCCUGAUUGAGAUACCACUUGUUAAUUAGUAACACUUUUUAAUGAGGUUAAGAAUAACCACUAUGAAGCAGGACUGUUUUGUGGCAAUAAUACAAAUUUUAGACUAAUUAUUAGUGUCUCUUACUCAAGGUGUUUCAGGCAGCAGUUUUGAGAAGAUUCUUUUGAAACAACUGUAUUUUAGUGGGUUAGGAAAUAUUCACUGAAAAUAAAUAUUCACCUAACUGAUUUUUUUUUCCUAAUUUAAAAAAGUACACAGGUAUUCUAUUUUCUACAAUGUACACUUACUUGGAAAUAAGCAAUAUAAGCAAUACUGAUAUUUUAUUUAAGUAGCCAUAGAUAGUCCGGGAAUAAGAAAAUGAAAACAAAUAUUUGUUAGUUGAUAAUGUCUAGUAAAGUAACGUUCUCAAUACUUUUUUGCUUUUUUCUCUUCCCGGUUAGUCAAGCCAGAGUUAGUUUUCAGUGUAUCGGUGUCUACAUCUUCUGUUUAAAACAAAUGUAAACACUAUGUUGCAUAGAACUUGAAAAAUUGCACUAAUUUUUAAACUUUGAUUUUUAUUUUGCUUUGGAAAUAAUUAUUUUAU